GCCGGAAAUUAGAUCGGAAGAACAGAGUAACGAGUUGGUGAAAAUGGGCAACAACGGAAGCACUCAGCCAGGGGCAACUGAAGAAGUGAAAACGAUGAAAGCCCCAGGAAGGGAAGAUACUCGCAUUUCCAGGGCUCACUUUGAAGAGAACCCCAAACGCUACUUUCAAGAGCAUCGUGAUGAGAAGAAAAAACAAACUGCAGAAGUGAAAACGAUGAAAGCCCCAGGAAGAGAAGAUACUCGCAUUUCCAGGACUGGCUUUGAAGGGAACCCCAAACGCUACUUUCAAGAGUAUCGUGAUGAGAAGAAAAAACAAAUCGCAGAAGUGAAAAUGAUGAAAGCCCCAGGAAGGGAAGAUACUCGCAUUUCCAGGGCUGGCUUUGAAGGGAACCCCAAACGUUACUUUCAAGAGUAUCAUGAUGAGAAGAAAAAACAAAUCGCAGAAGUGAAAACGAUGAAAGCCCCAGGAAGGGAAGAUACUCGAAUUUCCAGGGCUGGCUUUGAAGGGAACCCCAAACGCUACUUUCAAGAGCAUCGUGAUGAGAAGAAAAAACAAACCGCAGAAGUGAAAACGAUGAAAGCCCCAGGAAGGGAAGAUACUCGCAUUUCCAGGGCUGGCUUUGAAAGGAACCCCAAACGCCACUUUCAAGAGCGUCGUAAAAAGAAGUGAAAACAUAUGACUAGUGCUUGCUGCUGCUUGCUUGAUGUGUUUUCUAUUUGAAAUAUUAAUAUUUCCUAUAUGUUAUCGAUUUCGUUUAGUUUGAAUGAUUUCUUUUCCUUUUAAUUGUCUGUAAAAUAGUAUGCACCCACCAUCCCCCACCACACACAUAUAUAUUAUAAAUGGAGUGUUGAGAU